AUGGAUAAUAAUUAUAGCUUAUCUUCAAAAAUAUUUUUAAGUAAUUCUAUGAGCAAGAAUAACAGAAUAUGUGGACAGAUAAUUAUGGCGUCUUCUGCGGAUAUUGCUACGGCGCGGAUGCGAGCAUAUUUAAAUUUACCAUUAUUAGAACGUUGUAAAGAAUUGGCAGUGUUUAUAGUUGAAUCUAGCACAACAGAAUUGCAGCAUGUUUUUCCUAUUCUUAUUGAUUCAAUUUUUGGCAUAACAAAUAAUUACUACAUCUUCCACUUUGCCUUCCACUUAACAAAUCCAUGGCUGCAACUCAACCAGAGUGAGGAUGUUUGGAUGAAUUGGGAAACAGUUUAUGUUCAGCUAGCUCACUUAUAUUUAUACCAUUUCCUACCUCAAGACGAUUCUCCAGUGCUGCCCAUAAUUGGGCCGUAUGUACGAACGACUCCUCCACGAAAAUUAAUGCAGUCGCCAGAUUUAAAAAGACUGCAAACUCCUCGACUUCUGAGGACUUCUAUCUUAUCUCCAGUCUCAUCUCCACCUUCAGGAGUUCCUCAGCAGCAAUGCUUGCCGCAAGUUUGGCGGAGUGAGACUGUUGUUCAAGUAUUUUUAGAUUUCUGGUUGGAAUAUACAGAAGAAGACAAGCUGAUUUCUCAAUUAAGUCCUUCUUUAUCUUCAUCUUUACCGAGGAGAAACAGCAUUCAUUCUGGAGAGCACAUUCGCUUGGUUCGUGCGUUUAUAAAAACAUUGCACGGAUUUUCAAACAGUAUAACAGGUAGCAAAAGUGCAAUGGAUGAAUUGAAAAGGAUAAUAGUACCCUCGAUACAAGGAAAAAUUUACAUAUUUUUAAGGCAAGCUAUUUUUCACUGGCCACUAGAUAGUUCCUUCAGACUUAUUCUAGAAGCUUGGCUCAGCUUCAUCCAACCUUGGAGGUAUAUUCCAGAGUUUAGAAUUACGAAAAGUACAACUGCUGAAGAAGACAGGGGGAAAAUUUCUGAUCCGUCUUAUUGGAUGCCGUUUGUUGCUAAUAAUUUGCUAGCUUAUACUGGUAUUUUUCAGCAACUAUUACCGAGAUUUAUGCGCACUGAUCUGGUAGCUCCGAAAAAUGCUUUGAUGCUCUUUAGAGUUACCAAAGUAUUUUCUCAGCCACAUCUGGCGUUUAUGUUAGCUGAAGCUGAAGGUUGUAUUAAUGAUUCAAAUAUUAGUCGAGGUAAAUUAUCUUCAAGUCAGUGGAAUAAUAUUAUUAGGCAACAAAUUGUUGAACUGGAAGGUCCUUCGUAUCAAUAUGUUCCAAUGUUUUCCGCUGCUUCAUCAGCUCAGAUUACAAAACUUUUGAGUACAAUCAAACAAGCUUAUCUCACAGCAAUUAGUAUAAUUGAAGCUUUAGAGAAAAGACGGAGAGAAAGGAAGUUUUUUAAAUCUUUGUGGGAAUUUUUCAACGGUGAUGAAUGUACUGAUGAUGAUAUUGGUUUGAUUGAAAGGAAACGAGUACCAGGAUUAUUAUCUAACGCACAACAACAAUUAAUUGAUAUAUUUGAAUUAGGAGAUAUACCCGAAGCUUGCAUCGCAGCUGAUAAAGAAUAUCAUGAUAGUAUUUUAUUUACAUCUUUCUGUCAUCAAUCACACAUGAAUUCCAGCACGGAUUCUAAUCGACCGGGAGAGUUUGUACUGGUUCGAAACGCACAUCAAAAUUGCAAAUGUAUGGAAUACAUGGGAGACCCGGAAUUAAAACCUGUACAAUCUAACGAAUCUGCAUUUCUUGUACGCUUAUUGUAUAAUUUUUGUCAAUUUAUUAACAAUAAGUACGAAGCAAAGAUAAUAUCAAUGUACAAUAGGGAUGAUUUUAUUGGACGAAUCGCAAGAAAAAUUCUUCAACCACCAACAACAGUCAUCCAAUUACCAAAACGCACACCAGCAGGAUUUUUAUCAAGAGAAGAACAUCGUCUUCCACCGAGACUGUCUUUAAGAUUCAUCGCUAGACAUGAUUUCAGUGUACUGAUGAUUUUUGGUGCCUUCAUAUUUUGUCUCAUGGGCUUUAGUGUCCCUUUUUUUGUAUGCUUUUCGUGGUUUUUGUGGGUAGUUUAUAUACUGAUCGGAGCAGCUUGUGAGCCUUGGGUUUCUAGAUUUCAUAAUGAUAGACUGAGGAGACCCAGUUUGUCAAAUUUUACUACAAACUAA